UUUAGCGCUACUGUCAUCCAUGUGUCAAUAUUUCGGCCGUACAACAACCGACGCCUGGAAAAUUGAGAAAAAAGGAAAUUAAUUCACAUACCUAGCUAGUCAAAGUAAUGUAAUUUCAGUAAUUUAAGUUUGAUGAGAAUACUACAUGGAUCAAAACAUUAAUUAGUACAGGACUGUGGUCACAUUGACUACAAUGAUUUGACGCGUAACCAACGUGCAUUAUAGCAAUAGUAAGUACAGUGCCAAUACUCUGAACACGCCUGACCAAUGAAUAACAUGAGUGCGCAGCAGAGCCCCGCAAAUAUGCAGGCAGUUGUGGAUAGAGAAAAGAUAUAUUCGUGGAUAUUGGAGCUAUGCAAUCCAGAGACACGGGAAAAUGCUUUACUAGAACUUAGCAAGAAACGUGAGGUAGUUCCAGAUUUGGCUCCAAUGCUAUGGCACAGUUUCGGUACUAUAGCCGCGUUGUUGCAGGAGAUCACCAACAUAUACGUGGCCAUGAUACCGCCGACCCUCACCGCUCACCAAAGCAACCGUGUAUGCAAUGCCCUGGCACUGAUGCAAUGCGUCGCUUCCCAUCCCGAAACGCGAUCUGCAUUCCUCCAAGCACACGUCCCUUUAUUUCUAUAUCCUUUUCUCCACACUGUCUCCAAAACACGUCCUUUCGAAUACCUAAGAUUGACCAGCCUGGGAGUUAUCGGUGCUUUAGUAAAAACUGAUGAACAGGAAGUUAUCACAUUUCUGUUGACUACUGAGAUAAUACCGUUGUGCCUGCGUAUAAUGGAAAAUGGAUCUGAAUUGUCCAAGACCGUUGCCACAUUUAUUUUACAGAAGAUUUUGUUGGAUGACAGUGGAUUAUGUUAUAUUUGCCAGACGUACGACAGAUUCUCGCAUGUAGCAAUGAUAUUAGGAAAAAUGGUGCUGUCACUUGCGAAGGAUCCGUCCGCACGACUGCUGAAGCAUGUGGUCCGCUGUUACUUGCGUCUGUCGGACAACCCUCGGGCUCGGGCUGCACUCAGGCAGUGUCUUCCAGAUCAGCUGCGUGAUGCUACCUUUACUGAAUGUCUCCAAGAAGACAACUCCACUAAGCACUGGCUGGCACACCUGAUCAAAAACCUGGAAGCCCAACCUCCCCCGGCUAGCCCUGCCCAACAGAACAUGUACACAACAAGAUGAAAGCACUAAUUUUGUAUGCAGAUGUAGUGGACUGGACUAGGAAUAAAGUUUUUUCAUAAUUUGGCAA